UAAAUACUUGAGUUGAAUUGAUUGAUUUACCCUAUUUUUAUCUUCCAUUACAGCCCACUGUUUGUAACGUGGAAGAUUGGUCGAGACAAAAGAUUGCGUGGAUGCAUAGGUACUUUUUCUGCCAUGAAUUUGCAUUCAGGACUCAGGGAGUACACACUUACCAGGAUGCUGUGAUUCCUCCCACCAUUUUUAUCAUAAUUAAAUAAUUCAUCCUGUAAAUCUGGUCAAAGUUUUGCCUUAAGAGUUUAUAAUAUAGCAGGAGAGAUAAGACUGUACCCAGACCCCAGGCAAUUGAUACAGUGAAGCCCAGACAGAGCUUGUAGAUGAUUCAAUACCAAACUCAAGCUGCAGCAUCAUCUCAGCAUUUGAAUGCCCUUAAAGACAGCCGUUUUCCCCCAAUGACAAGGGAUGAGCUGCCACGGCUUUUCUGUUCAGUGUCUCUACUCACUAACUUUGAAGAUGUCUGUGAUUAUUUGGACUGGGAGGUGGGUGUACAUGGCAUUAGAAUAGAAUUCAUCAAUGAAAAAGGAUCAAAACGCACCGCCACCUACCUACCGGAGGUUGCAAAGGAGCAAGGAUGGGACCAUAUUCAGACCAUAGACUCCUUACUGAGGAAAGGAGGAUACAAAGCUCCGAUUACUAAUGAAUUCAGGAAAACCAUAAAACUGACCAGGUACCGUAGUGAAAAGAUGACCUUGAGUUAUGCUGAAUACCUUGCUCAUCGCCAGCAUCAUCACUUCCAAAAUGGCAUUGGGCAUCCUCUUCCUCCAUACAACCAUUAUUCCUGACACUGAGCCGCACAACCAGUCACUGGGCCUCUCUGCAGACCUCUUCCCAGGAGACCCUACACCUUCUUGGUCUAGCUAUCUCUUUUACUGUACCAUUUUAUGAUGAUAGUUUCCGUUGCCAUGGUGAAGCAUCGACAUCAUCAAUUAAGAUCAUCAUGGUAACGGGUAGGAAAGUGGCAUUUGUUCAGAAGAUCCUGUUUUAUUAUUUUAGGUCAUUGAUUUUUUUUUUGCAGCAUAUAUAACUUUUGGGGUUUUCUUUCCUUACAAUAUUAUAUAGAAUUUUGUUUUCUUAUCUCAAUCAGGUUUCUGUCUUUCUGCCCUUCUUGCCUCCCUUCCUUUUCUUCUUUUUUCGUUCUUCCUUCUUUUGACUGUGGAUGGAAGGAAGUGUGCAGUUUCUAAGGAUAUUAUUUAGGUUUGUCUUUAGUAAGUUUGCCUCAGUAAGAUAGUUAUUUUUUGAUAGAUGAGUUUGGGAAUACUGCAUAUCAAAUUCAGGUAUUUGUAUAUUUCUCUUGAAUUUGCCUAAAAAUCCCUUUGCUAUGACAGCUUAGUAUUUGGGUCAUCACACCUUAAGAAUAUGUUUUUCCUAUGGUUAAAAUACAUGAACUUUAGUUCUAGUAGAACACAUUCAAAGGUCCAUGAUAGGGCUUGUCCAGAGAGUAAGAAACCAUUUAUGCCUACUGUGCUGGUUAUCACAGACAAGAGAGACUGCCUCAUCACUUUACAGAACCAACUUACAAACUAAAACACUGUUUUAAGAAAAUACAAACUACCUUUCAAAUAGUCUACACAAAUCAUUUUGAAGAGCAGUAAAUAUUAGGAAGAAUGCAGAUGCAGAAUUUAGUGCCUUUGAGAAGAAUAUAAUUAAGUGGAAUUAAGAGGGGUUAGAAAAAGGCAAUUUAGAGAAAUAUUCUUAUAAAAUUUUAUCAUUUCUAUAUUUAAAACAACAGAUUAGACAAAUUCCUUACUCUGAAGUAUUUUUUUAGCUGAAAAAAAUUUAUU